AGGACCCCGGGUUAGAAGUCUCGCAGGUGCCUUUGGAAUAAAAAAAAAAUGCUGCUUUCUGAAAUUUCUCAUUUGACAUUUUUAGUGCCAAAAUUGAAGAAUUAUAUAUUUUGAAAGAAGAUAUUUUGUCUUUUUGUGAAAUUAAUUCCGACAAUUAUUUUCUUCGGACUCUCGCGCACACGCCGGUGACAUCACGCGAUGUUUGUAGUGCUAUGGCGUACCAGGAAGGGGAGUCGCUUGAAUCUUGGCUCAAUAAAGCCACCCAUCCAACAAACCGGCAAGAGGAUUGGGAGUACAUCAUUGGCUUCUGUGAUCAGAUCAACAAGGAACUGGAAGGUCCCCAGAUAGCCGUGACGCUGCUCGUACACAAAAUCCACUCUCCACAAGAAUGGGAAGCCCUUCAAGCUCUGACAGUGCUGGAGGCGUGUAUGAAGAACUGCGGCAGACGGUUUCACAAUGAAGUCGGAAAAUAUAGAUUUUUGAAUGAGCUGAUUAAAGUUGUUUCUCCAAAGUACAUGGGCGACAGUGCGCCUGAGAAGGUAAAAUUGAAGAUUGUUGAAAUGCUGUACAGCUGGACCGUCGCUUUUCCCAGUGAAACCAAGAUCGGUGAAGCCUACCAGACGCUGAAGAGACAGGGCCUCGUGGCACAUGACCCAGAGUUACCGCUGGACAGGACUCUAAUUCCUUCUCCUCCAACGCGACCUAAACAUCCUGUGUUUGACAACGAGGACAUGGGCAAGCUGCUUGCUGAGCUUCUCCGGAGUAAAAACCCAGAAGAUCUUCAGGAAGCCAACAGAUUAAUCAAAAACAUGGUGAAAGAGGAUGAGGCACGGGUGCAGAAGGUUACAAAGCGAAUGCACACACUGGAGGAGAUGAACAUCAACGUCAAGUUACUGACCGAGAUGCUGUCCCACUACAAUAAAGACAGUUCCACUGACUCAGACAAGGAGAUAAUUAAGGAGCUCUAUGAGCGCUGUGACAAGCUGAGACGAGCUGCUUUCAAAAUGGCCACUGAGACGGAGGACAAUGACACCAGUUUAGGUGACAUCCUCCAGGCCAGCGACGACCUCUCCAGGGUCAUCAACGCCUAUAAGAAGAUUGUUGAGGGGCAACCAAUCAACGGCGACAGCGAAGAGCCUCUAUCGACAGCUGGUCACAGCGAGAGCGCAGAAACCACAGAUACACUGAUCGACCUCGCCGGCCUUGAUGUUCCGAGCCCUCCACAGCCUGCUGCUCUACCACCCCAGCCCUCACAUCCUGUUGCUGCUGAUCUCACAGUAAUCCCCAUCCCCGUCCUGCCUCCUCCUCCCAAGCGCCUCACUGGCAGUCAGGGCAGCAGCCCGAGUCAUCCCCCUGCCAACAAGGCCUCCACUGCACUCUCUCUCCUGGAUGAUGAGCUACUGUCUCUCGGACUGAAUGACCCUCCUACCUCUCAGAGCAGCCAAUCAAAACCAAAGCUGGAUGAAAUCUCCAACCAGUGGAGUUCCUUGCAGGCCCCAGCAACAAGUGUUGGUAUGUUUGGCAGCGUAGCUUGUUCAGGUCCAGUGGUGCCACCAGCUGAGCCAGCUGUCACCCACAGUCUACAGAACCUGCAGGACCUGGCCAUGAUGGGCUUUUCAGAUCACAAGAGUUUAUCCAACCAGACUACGGCCAGAGGAACCAGCUUUGGAGUGCCUGCAGCAGCACCGCCCCUCGUACCUGUGCAGGGCUCUCCCUCUUCAGCAACUCUUCUCCAAGGACCCUUGCCUGGCUCUCCAGCCUUGUCCCAUGUGAAGGCUCACAGCUUCGACUCAGCCCCAGGAAGUCCGCUGUUCCGCUCUCUGUCCCCUUGCCACCCUCCACUCCAUGGCAGCCCAGCUAGAGCCAAUGAAAUCUCCCUGAGCAACGUACACGUCCCCCUGGAGUCCAUCAGACCGAGUAAAGUCUUACCUGUGACUGCAUAUGACAAGGAUGGCGUUCGCGUGCUGCUCAACUUUGCUUCCGACUGUCCCCCUGGGCGGCCUGACGUGUUGGUAAUGGUGGUGUCGAUGCUUAAUACAGCACCCCUGCCUGUUCACAAUGUGGUCCUACAAGCUGCUGUGCCCAAGUCGAUGAAGCUGAAGCUGCAGCCCCCGUCGGGAACAGAACUGGCACCCUUUAACCCCAUUCUACCUCCAGCCUCCAUUACUCAGAUCAUGCUGCUGGCCAAUCCAGCAAAGGAUAAGGUGCGUCUGCGCUACAAGCUGGCUUUUACUCUCGGAGACCGCCCAUGCAACGAGGUCGGAGAGGUUGACCAGUUCCCCCCUCCAGAGAUGUGGGGUCAUCUAUAGCAGCGGUGGAGGCCGGCUGCUCAGCAGGGACAGGCUGGUUCAUACUCCAUGAAGGGGUGUGAGUGUACGCAUGUGUGUGUGUGUGUUCAUAUCCAUC